AUGAGGGUCACAGAGGUCCAUGUUGUAGAAAAGGCUGUGUCCCCUUUAACAGUUCCUGCUCCACAUGCAGCCAGAUGCAGCCAGACGGAUGUAGGCCAAACUGACCCACAUGUCUGUCCCACAAUCCAUGCAUCGAUCUUCAUCACACUUUUCAAACGCACACUGAGCAGUCUUCACACCGAUCAGUCAUCACACCGAGCAGUCAUCACACCGAGCAGUCUUCACGCCGAUCAGUCUUCACACCGACCAGUCUUCACACCGACCAGUCUUCACACCGAGCAGUCUUCACGCCGAUCAGUCUUCACACUGACCAGUCUUCACACCGACCAGUCUUCACACCGACCAGUCUUCACACCGAGCAGUCUUCACGCCGAGCAGUCUUCACGCCGAGCAGUCUUCACGCCGAUCAGUCUUCACACCGAGCAGUCUUCACGCCGAUCAGUCUUCACACCAAGCAGCCUUCACACCGACCAGUCUUCACACCGACCAGUCUUCACACCAAACAGGCUUCACACCGAACAGGCUUCACACCGAUCAGUCUUCACACCGAUCAGUCUUCACACCGAGCAGCCUUCACACCGACCAGUCUUCACACCGACCAGUCUUCACACCGACCAGUCUUCACACCGAGCAGUCUUCACACCGAACAGUCUUCACACCGAACAGUCUUCACACCGAGCAGUCUUCACACCGAGCAGUCUUCACACCUACUAG